UUGGGGCUGUCAAAACUCGACCGCUCCAGUCUGAAUUACUACAUUAAGUUUGAGAGUAAGAGAACACACAUCACAACAACAACAGCCGCAGCAGCAGCAGCAAUCAUGCCGGGGCGAUCAACGCAGGAGUGGGUCCGGUUAUCCUUGCGCACCCCGGGGAUCCUGAUCUUCGGGAUGGUCAUGGCUCCCUGCGGUUGGGUCCUGGACUUGACCGCCACGGUGGCCCCAAACUGGAGGACCCUCCACAACAUCCCCAACACCCCGACCGAGGAGUUCAUAGAGCAAGGCAUCUGGGACAUCUGCAGGACCACCACAACCUCCUCGAGACCGGCGUGCGGCCUGAAUGACUCCACGUACUUUGGCAACCAGAUCAUCGAGGUCGCCCAGGGUUUGAUGGUAGCAUCCCUCAUCGUGACAAUACUCGGGCUGGCCGUGGCCAUCCCGGGGGUCCGGUGCUGGAAAGACAGUCCUAACUGGACGGUGGCCGGCCUGGGCGGACUGUUGAUCUUUCUCUCGGGCGUCAUGACCAUCAUACCCAUCGCCUGGUACACCCACAUCCUCACCGAAGUCACGUCGGUGUCCCCGCUCGUGGACGUGCGCGUGGGUUACUGCAUCGUUCUGGGCUACAUCGGCGGGAUAUUCGAAGUCCUGGGCGGCUUCGUCAUGUUCAUCGGCAUCUGCCGCUGCUGCGGAGGAAAGAACAGAGGGGAGAGGCGGGUCGAGGAGGUCACUGGCACCAGGUUCACCCACCAGAAACCGCCGCCUAGAAGCAGCGUGCCGAGCCUGAACCGGGCCAGGAGCACCACCAGUAGCGUCCCGUACUCCAAGGACUCCAUGGAUGAUGAUGUGUCCUUCCCCAGGGCCAAGAGUCCCGCAGCCCGGUCAGUGAACACCUCCUACAGCGGCAGACCCUAUGAUGCAGACCUAUGAGAAGCACAUGUCCCACAUCUGGAGACACAAGAAGAACCAAUUAGAAAAGGAAAACAACGUGAAGAUGGACAUGUCCAUUAGCAAAAGAAACUGAGAGUGGAAAAUAUUUCAGGAAGAAGCAAUUACAGUAAUUACAACAUGACUUUAUAACAUUAGGAAAUAAAUGAGACCACUGUGGUAAAACAAUAUUCUAAAUGAUUACAGCAAAACUGCACCAUCUAUAAUAUUGUAGUAAUAACUAAAACAUAUACCAUAAAGUACAGUCACCAUAAAGACCAUAAAGAAAUAUUUCAGUGGUAUCAAGAAAUCAAACACCUUAAAUAUUAUAAAAUAGCUCUAAACUCACUAUUAAGUGUUAAAUGUGGCUACAGAUGAGACUCAUUAUGGGCUUAGCUUGAUUAUGAUUAAUUGGAACAUCACUGCAAUACAUUACAGACGUGAGCCUCAAGCUGCACAGUUACUGUCAUGAAGGUAGAGAUGGAUAUUACAGUGGAAAGAGAUUGCUGUGAAGGAAGUGUGGAAAAGUGAAGGAUCCUGUGUUUAAAAGUGAUGUCAUGAAGAGACACUGUUUUGUAAACCUCAAGAAAAUAAGAUGCGAAGCAAAAGAUUGCCAUGGCUGUCUGUUACAUUCUGCAAAUAUUGCUGAACUCCAUUUGUAAAUAGCCCUCAUUUUUAAGGAUGCUUUUUUUCUCUGUUCAUUGGCUAAUGCAUAAAUCCCCUUUUCCCCCCUAAUUAUAUGUAAAUACUGUAUUCUUAUGCACUUUACAACAUUGUAGGACAGUGAAGCCUGUUGAGAAGUAUGCUGAGUUGAUCAAUAUUGUCCUCAUUGCUCUGUGAUACAAGUGCUGUUUUAUUAAAUGUGCACUGUGUUUCUGAAUAA